GUGACGCUCGGAGGAGGAAGCGCAACCCCUUUCCCCUCCCUCGCUGCCCCGGCCCAGCGGGAGCCCCCCCAGUGCGCCUGUGCGGAGGCCUACUUGAUUAUGUGUGCCCUCUCCGGGCUCCAGCGUUAGCCGCCGGGUGGAGGUGGGGAGGGAAGAAGACGAGGAGGAGGAGGCGGAGGAGGCGGUGGAGGGGAGGUGGGGGGAGUCAGCAAGGACAUGGCUCCUGACUCCUGUGCGGAACGUGAGUGACUGAGCGGCAAAGCCCGAAUGGUCUCUAGCGACCGGCCCGUGUCACUGGAGGACGAGGUCUCCCAUAGUAUGAAGGAGAUGAUUGGAGGCUGUUGCGUUUGCUCAGACGAGAGAGGCUGGGCCGAGAACCCGCUGGUUUAUUGCGACGGGCACGGCUGCAGCGUCGCGGUGCAUCAAGCUUGCUAUGGCAUUGUUCAAGUACCCACUGGACCAUGGUUUUGCAGGAAAUGUGAAUCUCAGGAGAGAGCAGCCAGAGUGAGAUGUGAACUGUGUCCUCAUAAGGAUGGAGCUUUAAAAAGAACAGAUAAUGGCGGUUGGGCUCAUGUGGUUUGUGCCCUGUAUAUUCCAGAGGUACAGUUUGCCAAUGUUUCUACAAUGGAACCAAUUGUUUUACAGUCUGUGCCACAUGAUCGUUAUAAUAAGACUUGCUACAUUUGUGAUGAACAAGGAAGAGAAAGCAAAGCAGCCACUGGUGCUUGCAUGACAUGUAAUAAACAUGGAUGUCGACAGGCUUUCCAUGUGACAUGUGCUCAGUUUGCAGGACUACUUUGUGAAGAAGAAGGUAAUGGUGCAGAUAACGUCCAAUACUGUGGCUACUGUAAAUACCAUUUCAGUAAGCUGAAAAAGAGCAAACGGGGAUGUAAUAGGUCAUAUGAUCAAAGUUUAAGUGAUUCUUCCUCUCACUCUCAGGAUAAACAUCAUGAGAAAGAGAAAAAAAAAUAUAAAGAAAAGGACAAACACAAACAAAAACACAAGAAGCAACCAGAACCAUCACCUGCAUUGGUUCCUUCCUUGACUGUUACUACAGAAAAAACUUACACAAGCACUAGCAGCAACUCUAUAUCUGGAUCAUUGAAGCGCUUGGAAGAUACUGCAGCACGAUUUACAAAUGCAAAUUUCCAGGAAGUCUCUGCGCACACUACUAGUGCAAAAGAUGUUUCAGAGGCUAGAGGGUCAGAGGGCAAAGGGAAGAAAUCUUCAGCUCACAGCUCAGGUCAAAGGGGAAGAAAACCUGGUGGAAGAAAUCCAGGAACGACUGUAUCAGCAGCUAGUCCUUUCCAGCAAGGCAGUUUUUCAGGAACUCCAGGCAGUGUAAAAUCAUCUUCGGGAAGUUCAGUACAGUCUCCCCAGGAUUUCUUGAGCUUUACAGACUCAGAUCUGCGUAAUGACAGUUACACUCACUCCCAACAGUCAUCAUCAACCAAAGAUGUACAUAAAGGAGAGUCUGGAAGCCAGGAAGGGGGGGUAAAUAGUUUUAGUUCCAUAAUUGGUCUCCCUUCAACCUCAGCUGUUAUUCCGCAGCCUAAAAGCUUUGAAAAUUCACCUGGAGACUUGGGUAAUUCCAGCCUUCCUACAGCAGGAUAUAAGCGGGCUCAAACUUCUGGCAUAGAAGAAGAAACUGUAAAGGAAAAGAAAAGAAAAGGAAAUAAGCAAAGUAAGCAUGGGCCUGGUAGACCCAAAGGAAACAAAAGUCAAGAGAAUGUUUCUCAUCUCUCAGUUUCUUCUGCUUCACCAACGUCAUCUGUAGCGUCAGCUGCAGGAAGUGUAACCAGCUCUAGUCUCCAGAAAUCCCCCACGCCGCUCAGGAAUGGGAGUGUGCAGAGUCUUAGUGUGGGCUCCUCUCCACUUGGUUCAGAAAUUUCCAUGCAGUAUCGGCAUGAUGGAGCUUGUCCAACAACUACUUUCUCAGAGUUGCUGAAUGCAAUACACAAUGGUAUUUAUAGCAGCAGUGAUGUAGCAGUAUCAUUUCCAAAUGUAGCAUCUGGCUCAGGAUCGAGUACUCCUGUCUCCAGUUCUCAUUUACCUCAGCAACCUUCUGGGCAUUUACAGCAAGCGGGAGCGCUCUCCCCGUCUGCUGGGUCGUCUGCACCCUCUGCUGUUGCUACAACUCAGGCAAAUACUCUAGCUGGAUCUUCUCUUAGUCAGGCAUCAUCUCAUAUAUAUGGCAAUAGAUUAAAUCCAAAUUCAUCAAUGGCAGCUCUUAUAGCUCAGUCUGAAAAUAAUCAAACAGAUCAAGAACUCGGAGACAAUAGCCGCAGCCUUGGUGGCAGAGGAAGCUCACCCAGAGGGAGUCUCUCACCAAGGUCCCCUGUAAGUAGCUUACAGAUCCGCUAUGAUCAACCAGGCAACAGCAGUUUGGAAAACCUGCCCCCAGUAGCAGCCAGCAUAGAGCAGCUUCUGGAGAGGCAGUGGAGUGAAGGACAGCAGUUUUUAUUAGAACAGGGCACUCCUAGUGACAUUUUAGGAAUGCUGAAGUCAUUACACCAACUUCAAGUAGAAAAUCGAAGAUUAGAGGAACAGAUUAAAAACUUGACUGCCAAAAAGGAACGCCUUCAAUUAUUGAAUGCACAGCUCUCAGUGCCUUUCCCCACAAUAACAACAAAUCCCAGCCCGUCUCAUCCAGUGCAUGCAUUUUCAGCACAGAAUGCUCCUACUACUGAUUCCUUGAACAGCAGUAAGAGCCCUCAUCUAGGAAACAGCUUUCUACCUGAUAAUUCUCUUCCUGUAUUAAAUCAGGACUUAACCUCCAGUGGACAAAGCACCAGCAGCUCAUCGGCUCUUUCUACUCCACCUCCUGCUGGGCAGAGUCCAGCUCAGCAGGGCUCAGGCCUCAGUGGAGUCCAGCAGGUCAAUGGUGUGACAGUGGGGGCACUGGCUAGUGGAAUGCAGACUGUAACAUCCACCAUUCCUGCCGUGCCUGGAGUGGGUGGAAUAAUUGGAGCUUUGCCAGGUAACCAACUGGCAAUUAAUGGCAUUGUAGGAGCUUUAAAUGGGGUUAUUCAGACCCCUGUCACAAUAUCCCAGAACCCUACCCCCCUCACCCACACAACCGUACCACCUAAUGCAGCACAUCCAAUGCCAACUACACUGACUAACAGUGCCUCAGGACUAGGAUUACUUUCUGACCAGCAAAGACAAAUAUUUCUUCAUCAACAGCAAUUCCAGCAGUUGUUAAAUUCGCAACAGCUCACACCAGAGCAGCACCAGGCCCUUCUGUAUCAGCUGGUGCAGCAGCACCACCAGCCUGAUCUCCAGCAGCUGCAGAUCCCGGCACCCACGCAGAUGCCCAUCAACAACCUGCUCGCAGGCACACAGGCGCCUCCGCUUCAUCCAGCCACCACCAACCCCUUCCUCACCAUCCAUGGCGAUAAUGCAAGUCAGAAGAGACUUAGUGAUAAAACUGGGCCUGUUGCUCAAGAAAAAAGUUGACACUUGAGAAACAUCUAGAAAUGGACUAUCCUGCUAUUCUAGCACUUCAUCUGGCUGCUGUUGCAGUCCCCUUACUACACCUAUGAAGAAAUGCAACAAGAAACCAGCUGCACGACAAAGGAUUAAUUGCCCCAAGAGCAUUCUUGUAAGGCUUUGAUUGAUUUUCUUGUUGCUUUGUUGCACUGAAAUGGAAUUCCCAUAUCCCCCACCCCUCACCCACAUUUUUUGAAUUUUAAAAGAAAAUUUAAUAGCUAACUUUUGUCAUUGAAAUAAUUUACAUGCAAUGAGUUUAUCAGCCUAAGAGAAAUUUAAUAUAGUUGGUGUACAACUAAUUUUGUUAUAAAUUGGAGAGAUGAAUAGCAAAACUAAAGACUUGUUCCAUUUUUAAACCAUUUGAUUUUAAUGUAAAAGUUGGAACAUGAAAUAUGAUCUUUUGUUUGAGUUACAGUAUGCUUGCUCUGUGAGUCAAAACAAAUUUCAAGGAACUGUCUGAUUUCUUCUACUGGAGUUUUAUUGGUUAAAUAUUACAAAUAAAUAGGUCAUCCACUUGGACUUGGCAAUCUUUAUUAUGAAAAUUUCCUUUCUAAUGGGAUUUGGCCAAUUUUGGUAAUCAAGUUAGGAUGGUAAAUGUCUGCUUCUGCUAAAGGUAAUUUUCUUUUGCUAAAUGCUUUUUCUUUAGUGUUAAGACCUACUCAUAUUUUAAAGAAAGCUUGAGUUCAGUGAUUUCUAAGGCUGCUGAGGGAACCAGCUCAAUUCAAAGUGAAAGAGGGGCCACUCUGAAACUGCUGGUAGGGUUUGGCCUGAAUCAAGUGCCUGUUAGUACCUGCCUUGUGCUGAAGUGGCUCUGGACAGCUGAGCCUGCGCUCUCAGUCCUUGGGAGUAGUAGGGACAGUCGGCAUUGCACCAGCAGCCUUCCCCAUGGUUCUGCCUUUAUUAAGAACUUUCUAUGCCACUGUAGCUAGCUCAGGCAAAACUAUUACCUGGGUAUUUAUCCACUAAUGAGUCACAAGAAAAAUGAGUGGAUUUGGCAAGAAUUUUCUUUUUUUCUUAAGUUAGACAACUUCCCAUUAUUGACAAUGAUUUGAAACAAACAAGACAAAAAACCCACCACUGCAGUUCCUGAAACAGGUGAAAUCUGUAUUACAGCCCUUCCACAUUGGGUAGCCCCACUCCUGGUAUGACAGUAUAGCAGAGUAUAAAUUAAACAAUUGGGUAUGUAAUCAUUGAACUAUUCUUAAAUGUGUGAAUUAUUAGUGGAAAAGACCCAGCUGUAAUUAGACCUCCACUGUGUACUUAGCUGGAAGAACAUGUUAAUUCUGCAAUAUGUCUCUUGGUUAAACAUUGCACAGUUCUUACCUCAUUUCUGUAAAUAAGGUUUUGUGAAUCUGUUUUGUAUUGUGAAAAAUUCAUAAGAUAACAUUGAUAUUUUGAUUUGUAAUAUUUCUAAUUGGUAGAUUUAAUUGAAAAGUAAAAUUAAUUUAUUUUUAUAUGUUCAGGGGAAUUUUAAAGAAAGUCAAAU